AUUGACUGCGGGAUUGACUUGUAAACAAACAUGGCGCACGGCUUUCUGUGUCAGGCUCCCGCUUCUCUUGUCAUCGCCGAAGCACUCAGCAACCAAGUAAACCACGCUGACAUCGAGUCCAUUAUACAGUCACAGAAACAUGUGUUGGGAAGAUUGGAGAAGACCAACGAGAUGUUGCUCAACUGCAAUUCCCUGUCUGCAACCAGGUUUGCUCUGGCGAAUCAGGAGUUGAAAAAGCACACACAGUUGCUCUUCGAUCUGAAAAAAGACCUGGAUUCUGUAUUCCGGCGAAUAAGGUUUCUCAAGAUGAAGCUCUCGCAACAGUAUCCUGCUGCCUUCUCAGCUUGCAGCAAGGUUUUCAACGUCCUCGACGAAGAGGACGAACCGGAAGAGAAAGUUAUCUCCGCAAAGAAAAAGGCUGUUGAACAGGUGGACAUUUUGUGCGACGCAAGCAGCGCUCAAAAGAACACUGAAAGCACCGGAAGCCCGUCCUCGGCGAAGAGUUCUACAACCUCCUACAACAGUGACGAUUCCUAAGGCGGCAUUUGCUAUGGUGACUGGGGCAAUUGGUGUGCUUACCCCAUCCUCGAUUUCUGCCUGUUGAUGCCAUAGAAGUGUCGUGCUGUUGCCUGCCGGGAUGCCAUGACAACAGCCAGAGUGGUGUUUUCUCUACCUUUUUGCUUCAACUUCUAUGACCAAUCGCUAUGAUCAUGACAUCCGACAGCAUGACACGCCGACUGCUGUUAACACCAUUUGUCGCUUUCGAUGCAUGGGCGUUAUGGGACGCUGAGCACACUACAGGAGAUGUGUUUCAGAGGCUGUAGUGUUGACACUGGUAUCUUAUACUAUGCUGAUUUUCCUAACAUUUUCGUCGGUCCGUCACCGCGUGGAAACAGUGAGAUGUUAUUUAGGUUGAACAUAUUCGUCGUUUCUUUGUCCGACCACUGGGCCAUUCGACCAUGUGUCACAUGCAACUGACAUCUCAGAGAUAUAUUUAUAUUGAGGAUCGGUUUUAUGUGAGUAAGUAUUGAACCAUAGUGUUUGAAGGAGGAGCUUAUUUUUGUAGAUACUGAAACUAUUUCUUGAUCAUUUUGAUGUCUUCAAAGAUUAUUUUGUGGUUUUUUUCAUGAAGUUCGUCAACAUUUGGGCGGUUUGAGGGUGCAAUACGUUUUCUUGUCUGAUUUUGUCUGCCUGCUCAAGUAAAGUAAAUUUUUUAUUGGAUUUGUGUUUUUGUUUUAUUUACUUUUAGCUGCGGAAAUUAAGCUAUCUACUGAAGUAUUGGAAUAUGGUGCAUUUAAAGGUAUAUAUU